GUAACUCUGGCAGGCCAGUGUGGUUCAGUUGGUUGAGCAUCCUCCCAUGCACUUCAGGUUCAAUUUCCGGUCAGGUUGCAGAUUAGAUCCCUGCUUGGGAAGUAUGCAGGAGGUGGCCGUCCUAGGCUUCAGCCCUCUCAGUGUUUGACCUCAUUGCACUGCAUUGUAUUAAUCCAGCAAUUUUCAACCUUUUCCAUCUCAUGGUACACAUAAACUAUUUACGAAAAUUCUGAAGCACAGGAAAAAAAUAUUUUUUGUUGAGCUGACCCAAAGAAAUAGGUAUAAGAGGUGUGAAUGAAUCUAAAUUAGAACAUAUCUAUCUUUUUUGUGUUACAUACACCCAUUCUUAUGUCCUUUCUUUGGUGAGUACUCUACCACUCUUUUGCCUUAGAAGUAUAGUAAUGCCCAGUAGCAACUUCCUCAACUGAAUUUUAACUCCUUUCUUAAAAAGCAUGCCAUGGACUCAUUUCUCAAUGUGACAAACAUUUGUGAUGGUGUUGCUCCAUUCUUAGAGUCAACAUGUACUUCACCUGCUUUUAUUUGCAUUCAGGUUACUGCUGUGGAGCAGAGGAUGCAGAAGCACCCUUUGAACAGAGUGUUUCUGUAGAAGUGUCACAGGCCAGCUCCUUCAAGGUAGCUCUGCAUUCCCAGAACACCCACUUCUGUGACAGUUGUGGUUCAGUCUUGAGAUACAUACUCCACUUGCCUGAGCCCCAAGGAACACCACACAGCCAGACAGUGUUCAGCUGUGGGGUAUAUAUGAAACAAUUUUAUUUUAGUGAAAACCUCCAGAAACACCAGAAAAAGAGAAAAAAUUGUUUUACCUGGGGAAAAUAUAAAGAAGCUUUCAGUCCCAGACACAAACAUGCUCAGGACCAAGAUGUUCACACUGGAAGACAGUGUUUUCUGUGCAGUGAAUGUGGGAAAGCAUUCAGGUGUCAAUCCUCAUUAGUUGUUCACCAGAGAGUGCACAGUGGUAAAAGGCUUCAUGUGUGUGACCAAUGUGGCCAGUCUUUUGGGCGAAGCUCAACCCUCAGUCAGCAUCGAAGAAUUCAAUGUGGGUCAAAGCAGUACAAGUGUGGAAAAUGUGGGAAGUAUUUUAACCAAAAAUUGGUCUUCAUUUAUCCCUGGAGAAGUCAUAGUGGACAAAAAUGUGAGUGGUGCCGUGAAUGUGCACAAUCUUUUGGCCGUAAAUGCAUCCUUAUUCGACAACGGACAGCUCCCUCUGGAGAAAGGCGUUAUGAGUGCACACAUUGUGGGAAAUCCUUUAGAAGAAAAUUUUACCUCAUUUUACAUUGUAGAAUUCACACUGGAGAAACGCCUCAUGAAUGCAAUGAGUGUGGGAAAACCUUUACCAGUGGUUCAGUACUUACCCUACACCAGAGGGUACAUAUGGGAGAAAGGCCUUUUCAGUGCAGUAAAUGUAGGAAGUCCUUCCCCAGGAGUUCAGUACUCAUUCUACACCAGAGAGUGCACACAGGAGAAAGGCCUUAUGAGUGCAGUGACUGUUGGAAAUCCUUUAGCCGCCAAUCUUACUUCACUCAACACAGGAUAGUUCAUAAUGAAAGAAAGUCUUAUGAAUGUACUGAGUGUGGGAAAUCUUUUACCUCUCAUAAUGGCCUUCGUUACCAUUUGAGAGUUCACACUGGAAAAAGGCCUUAUCUCUGCAGUCAGUGUGGGAAAUCUUUCCUCUGUGGUUCCUACCUCAGUAUUCAUCAAAGAGUACACACAGGAGAAAGACCUUAUCAAUGCAGUGAAUGUGGGAAAUCCUUUCUACGAAGACAUCACCUUCUUACACACCAGAGAGUUCACACAGGAGAAAGACCUUACCAGUGCAAUGAAUGUGGGAUAUCUUUUACAUCUGGUUACAACCUGAAUAGUCAUCAGAGAGUACACACCAAAGAAAGACCUUAUCAGUGCAGUGAAUGUGGGAAAUCCUUUAUCCUAAGACAACACCUUCUUGUACACCAGAGAGUUCACGGAGGUCAGGCUCCUUAUCAGUGUAGUCAGUGUGGUAAAUCUUAUUGUUCAAAGUUUAAUCUCAUUCAACAUCAGAGAGUUCACACAGGCGAAAGACCUUAUCAAUGUAGUGAAUGUGGGAAAUGUUUUACCUCUAGCUCUGUUUUUAAUUAUCAUAAGAAAAUUCACAGUGGAGAAAGGCCCUAUCAGUGCAGUGAAUGUGGGAAAUCUUUUUUAUCAAGUUCGAACCUCAGUACUCAUCAGAGAGCACACACAGGAGAAAGACCUUAUGAGUGUAGUGACUGUGGGAAAUCCUUUUCCCGAAGAUACCACCUACAUGCACACCAGAGAGUUCACACAGGAGAAAGGCAUCAGUGCAAAGAAUGUGGUAAAUCUUUUGCAUCUGGCUUUAACCUCAGAAAUCAUCAGAGAGUUCAUACAGGAGAAAAGCCUUAUGAGUGCUGUGUAUGUGGGAUAUCUUUUACCACUAGGAGAAAUCUUCGUUUUCAUCAGGGAGUUCACAGUGGAGAUGGUCCUUAUGAGUGCUGUGAAUGUGGGAAAUCUUUUACCUCUUGUUAUGCCCUUCGUGAUCAUCAGAGACUUCACACAAGCAAAAAGCCUUAUAAAUGUACUGAAUGUGGGAAAUCCUUUAGAGCCAAUUCUCACCUCAUUGAACACUGGAGAGUUCACACUGGAGAAAAGCCUUAUCAGUGUAGAGAAUGUGGAAAAUCUUUUUCAUCUGGCUCUGGCUUCCGUUAUCACCAGAGUGUUCACACUGGGUUACGGCCUUACGAGUGUAGUGAGUGUGAGAAAUCUUUUCUCAGGAACUCAGCACUCAUUCGACAUCGAAGAACUCACACAGGAGAAAGGCCUUAUGUGUGCAGUAAAUGUGGGAAUUCCUUUAUGCAGAGACAUCACCUUCUUGUACACCAACGAGUUCACACAAGAUAAAGGCCUUAUGGUUGUAGUGAAUGUGGGAAAACCUUGAAGGAUAGUUCCCAGUGCAAUUCACACUGGAGAGUUCACACUGGAGGUAGUUGUUUGAGUCUAAAAAUUGGGGAAAUUUAUUGGCCAUAAUUCUUACCUUUCUUAACACCUGAGUCUUCAUAUUGGGAAAAGGUCUUAUGAGUAUAGUGAAUGUAUGAAAUAUUUUGCCUAUAUCUAUGGAGUUUGCUUUUACCUGAGAGUUCACACAGGAUGUGGACUGUAUGGUGUAGUAAAUGUGAAAAACCUUUUACCCAGUUCUUGACAGUCUUUUACUACCAGAGAGUUCACCCAGAAAAAGGACUUACUCAUGCAUGGAAUGUGGGAGAUUUCCCCCCCUACAAAUUACUUUAUUAUACAGUGUGAAACUUACACUAGAUAAAGAAUUUAGAUGUUUGAUGGAAUGUGUAGUUUUCUUGUCCAGUGCAAUGACAGUGGAUGAAACCAUGAGAAACCAUCUGUCUGGAUUCAAUCUCCUAUUUCCAGUUGUCAAAUUUGGGAAAUUCACCUAAAGUUUCAGUUAUGUAGGAAGCAUGUGUAUUUUGCAUACUUUCUAACUUGCCCGGGGCUCUUUGCCAUUUUCUGUUGUCAAAGGCAUUUCUCUCUACCACAUGGCAGGUUCCCACCUUUUGUGUCCAUUACCAUCCUGAUGUGCUCAAAAAGCUGACUUCUGUUUUCUCACAUACUGGAGAAAAUUAGGAUCAACCUGAGCUCUUUGGAGUUAACAUUGGACAGGAACCCAACCCAUUGCUGACUCAGAAAAUUUCACGAGUCCAGAUGGAGGGCCACGUUCUCCCAUGAGUUUUUUCAGCUUCUAAGUCACCAGUCUGAACCGUUUGCUGCACAUUUCUUUGGUUUGUAUAAUACUGUCUAAGUCUGUCCUGUAUAAGUUCUCUUUUAUUGGGGUGUUCUAUUUACUGUGUGGUGGCUUAUAAAUAGAUUUCGGCUCCACAAGUGUGAAGUGUGAACAUUCUUAUGGGUGUAUCACACUUUGUGGUGGUUCUGGUGACAGUAUAAUGGCAAAAUAUAGCUCACUGUGUGCCAAAUUUGCAUUCUUGCCAAUGACCUCCUAGGGAGACUCCAGGGCAUUUUAGGAGAUUCAGAAAUCACCCUGAGUAGGGGUCAGAUGUGACAUUCUCAAGUGCUUCUUGAAAAAGCAUGAAUUUUUCCUUUGUUCACAGAGGAUAAUCUCGGGAUAUUGAGGAGAGUCUGUUUCCUAGGUCCUGCAAAGAACCCUCUGUCCUGAUAUUCACAAUUUAGUAGGCGAUUGUCACUGAUUGUGAGACAAUAGUGGUGAGCGGAGACCAUAACUGCCACUGAAACAACACUGGAUUGGUAGGGAUUGGAGGAGACUUUAGCUAAUACUAUGGAAUGUACAUCCUGUAAACGUGAAUCCACAAAUGUUUCUGGAAAAGUGAUGGGACAUGAUCAGUGUGCACACAAAUCUCAGCAUCUCCAGGCAUAUUUAUCUUGUGUAGCUGAAAUCUUUUUCAGAGAAAAUUAAAAGUUUUGUGUAUUGCUGUCAUGAUGAUCUCCUGAAGGCCACUGUUGCACAGCCAGGGAAACAAAGAUAAAGGAAGGUAGUCCAGAGAUGUGGCUCUUGUGACCCAGCCAGCCUUCCUUUUGAGUGAAAUAGAAAUGUUCCUUAUUGCCUAGCCAGGCAUGGCUCAGAGGUUGAGUAUCGACCUAGAAUCCAGGAGACUGAGGUUUGAUUC